UUUCUCCUCCACGUACGCAACCCCUAGCACCUAUCCUAGCUAGCUACCCACAUCUACCUGCAUAUGGUUCAUGGAUGGUUUCGUGCGUGAAUGACAUGUACGUCCUACUCGUUUCUUGUAGGUUGGCACGUACCGCUUAUAAAUUCGACGAGAUAGAUGGAUGGAUCGAUCAAUCGUAUCGAGGUGUUCUUCUCGUGACCGGCCUUCUUCUCGUCUCCAACUGCUGAUGAGAUGACGCCCAUUGCCGCCGCCGGCAAGAAAAACAAUGGAGCUAUCUCCACCUGCAGCACGUGCAGGCAGCUGAUCAAACUCUUUCCUCUCCACCUGAUCAUCGUCCUUCUCCUCGGCGUCGCCACCAGCGGUGGGUCGGCGGCGAGGUCGUUCAGCUUCCACAACGCGUGCGCGCACCCGGUGUGGGUGGGCGCUCUCAACGGCGCCACAUCGCCGCCGCUCGCCCGCACCGGCUUCUACCUCGCCUCCGGCGCCACCGACGCCAUCGCCGCCCCGUCAUCCGGCGCCUGGUCCGGCAACUUCUGGGCCCGCACCGGCUGCGCCGUCGACUCCUCCACUGGCCGCCUCGCCUGCGCCACCGCCGACUGUGGCACCGGCGGUGUCGCCUGCGCCGGCCGCGGGCCCGCCCCGCCCGUCACGCUCGCCGAGGUCACCCUCGCCGCUCCGGGCGGAGGAGGCCUGGACUUCUACGACGCCAGCCUCGUCGACGGCUUCAACCUGCCCCUCUCCAUCGCGCCCGACAACAAUGGGGACGGCGGUGCCUGCCGCGCCGCGGCGUGCGCGGGCGACGUGAACGCUGUGUGCCCGUCGGACCUGCGCGUGGUGUCCGGCUCCGGCGAGGUGGUGGCCUGCAAGAGCGCGUGCAACGCCUACGGCAGCGCGCGCUACUGCUGCACUGGCGACUACGGCACGCCGACGGCGUGCGGCCCCACGAACUACUCGCGGGUAUUCAAGACCGCCUGCCCGUCCGCCUACAGCUACGCCUACGACGACGCCAGCUCCACCUUCACCUGCGCCGGCGCCACCACCUACCACAUCACCUUCUGUCCCAUUACCUGAUUAAUGGCACACCCAAUUCGUUCGUUAAAUAUACAGUAAAAUUUACUUUGUCACACGAAGUUUAAUUCUUCAUUGAAAAAAGGUAUACAAAAGUAGAAAAAGGAAAUACAAAUAUGUUUUUCU